UUCUAUGUGUGGUAGCUUUGGAGAAACGUGAAGCCGUCCACCCACGGUGAUACAGUUGGAAUUCUCUCACCCGCAUACGCACAAUUUUCUAAAAAAAACGACCACGUGAAAAAAAUUAAAUCAUUCAUUGCCGACACUUCUUGUCAGGCUUUUCACGACCGCUUUGGACUCUUCAUCUCCCACCGAAUCAUUCCGAGCAGCGCAUUUUUUUCCGGUUGGACUUCAGUGAUUUGAAGGGUUCGACCCGUCCUCUGCGAUAUCUACCUCCCUUUCCUUACUCAGUGGGACUCGGGCUUUCGCUGAAAACUGACUACUACUUCGUAGGAUCAUGAGCGACCGACGCAGCGUCGAACAACCAGAGGCACCGCCAGCGAAAAAGGGCCGGGGACGUCCGAGGAAGAGCGUCGAAAGCAAACCACCAGAUGAACCUGUCAUAAAAAGGCCACGGGGAAGACCUCCGGGUAGCAAGAACAAAGUACAGAAACAGAAAAAGAUAGAAAAACCUAGUGGUCCAAAACGUGCCCGUGGAAGGCCACGCAAAUGGCCUGCUGCAGAAGCAAAAACAAAAGAAGCUACCUCAGAAACCUGUGAAGAAGAAGAAGAAGAAGGGAAUGAAGAUUAACGUGUAUCGACUCAAACCACAUUAAUGCUUUCUUGGAAAAGUUAACCUGUUACUCCCGAGAACAUUCACCACACAUCACUACACUGCCAAUAUGAAGAAACAAAAAAAAAAGACUUCAUUGAUGAGAGUUGUGCAACGUGCAGUCAAUAGGAUCGUAGACUAUAAAGUCAAAAACGUGCUUGAAAAUCUCAAAGAUAUGUUUAGUUUUUCUGAAGUUUUUUUUAAGGCAGUAUCAGGACAGAUAUCAGGUCAUUGUAAUGUUUUUUUGUAAGCAUAUUUUCAGACAAAAAAAAAAGGAAAAAAAAAAAAAACUUAUUCUCUUUACACCUUGUACAAUUUACAUUAUUAAGUUUAGAAGAGUUAUAUAAUGCAGGGAAUUUCAGAGUUGUCAGUAAGAUGAAGAGUAUUUGUACACAUACUAGAUUUUACCAUGAAUAUAUAACAAAGUAUUAUUAUCAAAAAGUUCCUGUUUUUCAUAUUCUUUUACAAAUUCAGUAUUUCCCAUAAGGUUUCUUGCCUCAGGUUGAUAAUAAUAUAUAGUAAUU